CCGGCGCCUCCUCCGCCCCUUCCGGAUACUGGCUCCUCCUACUGAAAUCUAUCUACAAGGAGGAAGACAACGGUGAGAAAUGGCGUCUGGAAGUGAUAUGGGGCAGUUGUGAGUGGCCGUCGCUGCUCAACCUCUGUCAGAGACAUUAUAAGGAAAUACACCACACUGGUAUAGAAGCAAGUCGUAAUUAUAGUAAUAGGCAAAAAAAAAAAAAACAACCCCAAAACAUUGAAAAUGGGGAGAUCAAAAACAAGGUCACAUUCUUCGAGGUCAAAAUCUCGAUCUCCAUCCACCUCCAGAUCAAGGUCACAUUCAAAGAAAAAAAGGUACAGUUCCAGGUCACGAUCAAGAACAUACUCCCGAUCUCGCAGUAGAGAACGUGUUUAUAAUAGGGAUUUCCGCAGAGAUUACAGAAACAAUAGAGGAAUGAGACGUCCUUAUGGUUUUAGAGGAAGAUCAAGGGGCUAUUAUCAAGGAGGUGGUGGCAGGUAUCAUCGUGGUGGUUAUAGACCAAUGUGGAACAGAAGAUAUUCUCGAAGCCCAAGGCGUGGCCACUCUCGUUCCAGAAGUCCAAAGAGGAGAUCUGUAUCAUCGCAGAGGUCUAGGAGCAGAUCACACAGAUCCUACAAGUCCUCCCAGUCAGCAAGGUCCUCUUCAUCUCGCUCUUCAUCACGUUACAGCAGGUCACCUGAGACAAAACCCCGCAGUUCUCAAGAAAAAAAGUCCCAGAGGAUAGAGGCUGAUAAAUCCGAAAGUCCCCUAAAUAGCAAAUCCUGUGAUGAUCAGAAGGAUGCAUUUGAUCCAUCUGACCCCUUAGAUGAGCUUGGCAAAGAACUAGAUCUGCAUGGUGAGAGCUGGGCAGGUCUCUCUGCAUAUGACAACAGUCCCAGGUCACCCUGUAGUCCAUCUCCGGUUGCUUCUCCACCAAGCCAGAGUUCAUCACACUCUGAUGGCCCUAUUCUGCGUGUAGUUCACCCAGGAAAAGACAACCUGUGUCAAAAUUCACAUUCCAUCGCACGUUCUCCAGAAAGGUCUGGGUCUGAAUCUGGCGGCAAUGGUUCAACACGCUACAGUCCCUCACAAAAUAGUCCAUUUCAUAUACCUUCCAUUAAGAGCCCAACAAAAUCGGUGUUGGCUCAGAUCCCUGCACGUGAGGAAGGACGUUCCCGAUACACGUUAUACCUCGACACAGCAGAGGAGGAACUCACCAAGGGAGCAAAAUUUUUAAAAAGGUGUACAGAUGAAGAACAUAGGUUAUUCCCUAUUGGAAAGACCAAUACUAGGGAGAAGGAAAGUCAGAAGGAAAGGGGGUCAGAGAAAUUAAAAAAGGAAGGUGGAGGAAUGUGGGAUGAUCAUGAGGCAUCUGGUUAUUUUGGGGGAAAAUCAAAUGUAAAGCCUCAAUUUGUAACUAUUUCUGAAAGUGAAGACCUAGAAGAGGCAGAGGACUACAGGCAGUUUAGAAAGUCUGUCCUUGCAGAUCAGGGCAAAGGCUUAUCUUCAUCUCACUGGAACGCUGAAGAUGAAGGGACAAAAUACAAGACUAAAGUUUUGAUGAGGGGUUCUAAAGAGGAGGAGAAAAGCAAAGAGGGGAAGGGACAUAAAAGUGCCUCAAAAGACAGGCAAAAGGAUGAGGAGAAAAGUACAGAGAGGUUGAUGGGGAAGAAAGAUGCCCAGACACCUGAUCUUGUAAAACCAGAGAAAAUGAAAAACAUCUUCGGAUACAGUCUGCCACUUAAGAGUGAUGAUGUAAGAGAGUUAGCGUUCAGGGAAGAAAGUCCACUAAGGCUUAAAAUGAUAGCCACUGAGUCACACCACCCUGAAGUCAAACUCCGAAUGGUCACAGUGCCGCUUGAUGAUACCAGGCCUGCUUCACUGUGUAAUGAGAGGCGUGUAGCAAGUACACUUGUCCAUUCAGUCAAGAAAGAGCAAGAAUUCCGGCCCAUCUUUGACCACAUGAAGGUUUCCUUUGCCAGCAAAACAUCCCCGGAAUCUUUUACCUACCAUAUUGUGUCUUUAGUACAAUAUGUCAAAGAGCAUUAUUUUUCGGGUGAUGGAAAGACCCUCAGUGAACGAUUUACAGGCUAUCAGAAAGUCACUGAGGCACAAGCCAGUCGCUCAAAGAGCCCUGAGAUACACAGAAGAAUAGACAUAUCUCCUAAUAUCCAGAGGAAACAUUCUCGUUUGCAAGGUGAAGAAAAGGUUGCAAAAGAAGAACCUGCCAAGAUAGAAAAAAAGGGAAGAAGUGGCUCUGCUGAUCUUAGGUGUGAUGUUGGCUGCCCAAAGAAAGGGCUCAGUAAAGAGCGUGCAGACUCCAAAUGCUCAAGAGAAUCAAGCGGCUCUCGAAAACGGGAAAAAGUCCAUAAGGAUAUCAAGGAAUUAAAAAUCUUCAAAGACGACAAUAAACGUAGAAAGGAGAUUGAGCCACCAUCUUCUCCUUCCUCUGCUAGUUCGCAUGAAGAAAAAGAUAAUAAGAAGGAAAGGGAUGAAGAGUUCAAAGGUCCACUUGAGGCCAAAGAAUUUUCAGGAUUUUCAGGAGUCAGCAGGCCCAGGGGAACAUUUCAGUUUCGAAUAAGAGGGAGAGGUCGUGCAAGAGGGAUGUUUGCUGGAACAAGUGUUAGUCCUGUAAAUGCAACCACUACUUUCCAAAAGCGACCUAAAGAAGAGGAGUGGGAUCCAGAAUAUACACCUAAAAGCAAGAAGUAUUUCCUGCACGAUGACAGAGAUGAUGGAAUGGAUUACUGGGCAAAAAGAGCAAGAGGGCGUGGGAACUUCCAACGUGGCAGGGGGCGGUUUACCUUUAAAAAAUCUGGAAGCAGCCCAAAAUGGACACAUGAUAAGUUCCAAGGAGAUGGCCUUCUAGAGGAUGAAGAUGAAGCAAUGAAAGAUAGAAAGAAAGAUGAAUAGGACUGAUGUUUCUUGAAGAACAGAACUAGAAUGGUUAACAUUUAGUGUGUUCAAUUUCCCCAUUCAAUAAUUGGAAGCAAUUUAUUUUAAUUCAACAGGUGUAUUACAUUUUAGCUGAGAUGUUGCUUUUUAAAAAAAAACCUCAAAUAUUAGGAUAGGAAUAAGUAAAGAAACCAUCCAGAAGAAAAUCUUAGAAAUUGUCCAGCAAAUUACCAGGGAUGAAAACUUCAGCAUUUAGGGAUCUGUUUUAAGUGUUUGUUAAAACUUAUGUGCAUUCACACAUCUGCGUGAUUCUAAAAAUUAUUUAAGUUUUUUUGUCAAAUAACUCUGUUUAUAAAGUAUGUUUGCUCAUCUGUUAUUUUUGAGCUUUAACACAAAAUAUUCUGAAUAAUAUAUUUCCUGAAAGGA